UAUAAUCCCAAUGCGGUAAUUAACCAACAACAAACAAUUAAGGUUCUUAAGAUCUUUUGAUUCGUUAAUUAAUGUUGUUUAUUAGCCAAAUGUAUCAGGAUAUAAAACGCCAGACAAACAAAGAAAACAAAACCGUUAACUUAAUUUGCAACUGCUUCAAUUGCCUCAUCAAUGAUUAACCAUAUCAAUUAACUUUCCUUAGAAAUUGAAAAUCUACUUUCAAUUUGAUUUUUCACUUUUCUUUUUAAUGAGUUUUUUUUUAAUUUUCUUUGUAAUCAGUUAAACGUUCAAAUGAUUUUUAAUUAGAUAAUCAGUUGAUCAGUUGAUUAAUUUAAUUGCUUUCCUGUGAUGUGAAUUGUUCAUCUCCAUUUCUCAUCUCAUUUUAUCAACUGUUUGUUUCUCGAGUGCAAAGGAAACAAUUUAAUGUUUCCAAUGUUUUUAAUUGGUCAUCAGUUAAUUACUUAUUCUUAUUGUGUAAAAUGAGUCAAUCAAAUACUCUUAUUGAUCGUGAAAAUUUUGUCAAAACACAAUUAAAACUAAUUCACAUUGAAUAUUCAAAUGAACUUGAGAAAACACAAAAUAAGCAAAAGGACCUGAAAAUAGAUGAUUUGAUUCGCCAAGGAGAUUGUAUUCAAAACUUGAGGUGUCUUUCCACUGAGAUCGGUUUGUUUGAUCGGCUGUUAAUUACUUUGGGUCACAAUCAAAUCGACAAGCAAUUACCUGCCCAUAAAAUCACCUGUGGUGAUAUGGUUUCAAUCUAUAAAGAUGUUGAAUUAAGGUCACUUGCUUCGGGUGUUGUAUAUGCACUUAAUUCAAAUGAUAUUACGGUUGUGUUUGAAAAAGACUCGUACCUCAACUUGGACGAGCAAUUUACUAAUUAUUGCUUAAUUAAGCUAUGGAAUAAUGUUAAUUUUAGAAGAUUGAAAAAGGCUUUAUAUAAGCUUCGUGAUUAUCCUGUUGGCGGCCGAGCGUGGACUCUGAUUGAUUUACUAAUUGGCUGUCGAUUACCACGUCGUAUACUGUAUGAGAUUGAACCGAUUGAUUUUAUCAAUCGUCGAUUGGACGAUUCUCAAAGGGAAGCUGUGACCUUUGCGCUUCGAUCGAGAGAUUUAUGUAUCAUCCAUGGACCACCAGGAACGGGAAAAACUACCAGUAUAGUUGAGGUCAUUCUUCAACAUGUGAAAAGAGGGCAUAGGGUGUUGGUCUGUGCUCCAUCCAAUGUGGCCGUUGAUAAUUUGAUCGAAAGAUUAGCCUUAUAUAAGGCUCAGAAUAUGGUUCGAUUGGGUCAUCCGGCCAGAGCUUCGAAAAAAGUUCUCAAGUUCACCCUGGACGCUGCUAUUGCUCGUAAUGAUAAGAAUGAUGCUGUCAAAAAGAUCAGACAAGACGUUGCUAUUUUACGAAGAUCGCGAGAUCGUGACAAACGGGCACAGAUCACUGAGAUGAUGAUCGAUUUGGUAAAACAUGAAAAAAGCUUAUUUAACGAAAUUCUAAGUAGCUGCGACAUUAUCUUGGCAACUUUGGUCAGUUCCUCGAACGAAGGUGCUCUUAAACAUUUAACUAAUCUUGACCAAUACUUUGAUGUCCUCAUAAUCGACGAGUGUUCACAAUCAUUGGAAACGGCCUGUUGGAUACCAUUAACUUUCGUUGACAAGUGUAUUCUCUCUGGUGACCAUUUUCAACUUCCUCCGACAGUUUUUUCGCAAACUGCGGCCAAAAAUGGUCUUGAAGUAAGUCUGAUGGAAAGGCUUCUUUCCCGAUUCGAUCACGAAAAAUUGGUUCGCAUGUUAACGGUACAAUAUCGAAUGCACCAGAAAAUAAUGGAAUGGUCUUCCAAAAGUUUCUACUCGAAUAAAUUAACUGCUCAUCAUUCGGUGAAAAAUCAAUCAAUGGCUGAGAUCAGUAGACUUACGGAUUGUCCACCUUUACUUUUGAUUGACACCGCGGGUUGUGAUAUGCCAGAACUUAUUCUGUCGGUUGAUGAGUCGAAAGGAAACAAAUACGAAGCCGACAUCGCAGCCUCUUAUGUGACCCAUUUAAUUACCGCUGGUGUUAAACCUGAACAAAUCGGUGUAAUUACCCCGUACAGUUUGCAGGUUGAACUGAUCAAAUUACGAUUGAGUCGCAAGUAUCCUGAUGUUGAGAUACGUUCAGUCGACGGGUUUCAAGGCCGAGAAAAGGAAGUGAUUAUUUUAUCCUUGUCCGAUCAAACGCUAAAAAAGCAACUGGUUUCCUUCGUGAAUAUCGACGGAUCAAUGUGGCCGUAACUCGAGCCAAGAAACACCUUGUUGUCAUUUGCGAUUCCGACACUGUGACAGCAGAAAAGCACAUCGCCUCAUUAGUUGAUUAUCUCAAUGAAAACGGUGAAGUGAGAUCAGCUCGUUCGUAUUUAAAGUCAAACAAAAACCCGAAAAUCUCAACAAUUAAAGAAACAACAAUCAACAACAAUGAAAACAUUGAGAAAAUAGUUGCAGAUCAAUUGAGUAAAUUAAAAUUAUAAUCUGAUCAUUUCGAUCUCAUCCAUGAUUGGCUCCAUUUAAAUUAUUGUAAGUUUGUUUUAUAAUAAUCGAGUAACAAUUUACUAAUUGUCAUUUUCAUCGUACUUGUUACAACAAUUAACUCAUUUCAUAUAUAUUUUAUUUGUUUCUGUGGUGAUUAAAUCAACCAAAUUAGUUUACAUCAAUUAGUUUCCUCGUUACUCUGACUGUGUAACAUUAUUAGUUAAUUGUGAUGGUAAUUUAAUUGUUAAUACAACUUUAAAGUUAAUAAUAAAAUAAAAUGAUUACAAAAAAUGAA